UUUCCAUUAUAAAUGAAACUCCAUUUCUCCUCCAAAUUCCAUUAAUUUAUCUCAAUCAUUUGUCUAGUGAGAAAAACAAUCCAAAUUUCGUUUAGUGUUUAGAGAGAAAGAGUUUAAGAUCAUCAAUCAUGUUAGGAGUAUUCAGUGGUGCAAUAGUGACAGCACCAGAUGAACUAGUUGCAGCUGGAAGUAGAACUCCAUCCCCUAAAACAACUUCUGCCACUUUAGUAAACCGUUUCGUUGAUAAAAACGGUGGUGCUGUGUCCGUACAAGUUGGUGAUCAAGUUCAUCUAGCUUAUACUCACCUGGACGAGUCACCAUUUCAACCUCGAUCAUUUGCAGUGAAGGAUGAGAUAUUCUGCUUGUUUGAAGGAGCACUCGACAAUCUUGGGAGUUUAAAGCAACAAUAUGGAUUAUCUAAAUCAGCAAAUGAAGUAAUGCUAGUCAUUGAAGCUUACAAAGCUCUUCGGGACCGAGCUCCAUAUCCAGCGAAUCAUGUUGUUGGUCACCUCGUAGGCAGUUUUGCGUUUGUUGUGUUUGAUAAAUCGACAUCUACAUUAUUCGUCGCUUCGGAUCAAUAUGGUAAGGUUCCUUUGUAUUGGGGGAUUACUGCGGAUGGAUGUGUUGCUUUUGCCAAUGAUGUUGAUUUGCUUAAGGGUGCUUGUGGCAAAUCCCUUGCAUCUUUUCCUCAAGGAUGCUUCUACUCUACUGCGAUAGGAGGACUAAGAAGCUAUGAGAAUCCUAAGAACAAGAUCACUGCAAUUCCCGCAAAGGACGAAGAAAUAUGGGGAGCGACUUUCAAGGUUGAAGGCUCAGCAGUUGUAGCAGCAACAAAGUAGAAUGUUUCUAGCUAGAGCUAGUACGUUUGCAUGUUUAAGGGUCUGAGAAAUCAUUUAGCUUGUUUCCUUGUCUUGUUUCUUUCGCAGUUUAACUCAAUGUAUAGUCCUUUCUCUUCAGCAAUUCAAUAAAAUGGAUGUUUCCGAGCCUAGUCAA